CAUAGAAACUGAAUGCACAUGGAUGGAGAGAUACCUUUUUUAGAGAGAUGGAGAAGCAUCUGACAUCUUCCAUGAUAAAUCAAUUAUUCCUCAAGGUAACUUCUGAAUCCGAGCGAUUAAGGCAGUGACGGAAGGGAGAGCAGAGCAGGGCUGAAGCAGAGACUCCUCUGCCCUGGUGGUGACAGCACCCAGCUCUGUCCACUUUGCUCUUCUCCCAGCUGCCUGUGCACCAUGGGCACUGUGUUGAGCCUUUCACCCAGUUACCGGAAGGCCACCCUCUCUGAGGAUGGUUCGACCACAGUGGGGCAUUACACCGCAGUCCAGAACAGUAAGAACGCCAAGGAUAAGAGCCUGAAGCGCCACUCUAUCAUUUCAGUGCUGCCUUGGAAACGCAUCGCAGCUGUAUCUGCCAAAAAGAAAAACUCCAAGAAGGUGCAGCCCAACAGCAGCUAUCAGAACAACAUCACGCACCUCAACAAUGAGAACCUAAAGAAAUCUCUCUCCUGUGCCAACCUCUCCACCUUUGCCCAGAACCAGGGCAAUCAGCCUACAGCUCCAAGCCACCAGAUUUCCAGCUCCAAGGGCACCCUUUCUUCUGUCAAGAAGACCCCUCACCCCAGCUGCAACUCAUCUGGCACCCCCAAGAGGGUCCUUGUCCAAGCCUCAACCAGCGAGCUGCUACGAUGCUUGGGGGCAUUCCUCUGCAGACGCUGCUACAGGCUGAAGCACCUUUCUCCCACCGACCCGGUCUUGUGGCUAAGAAGUGUGGACCGGUCUCUCCUUCUGCAAGGCUGGCAAGACCAAGGCUUCAUCACUCCAGCCAAUGUGGUCUUUCUGUACAUGCUUUGCCGGGAUGUCAUCUCAUCUGAAGUAGCCACGGACCAUGAUCUUCAGGCUGUCUUACUUACCUGCCUCUAUCUCUCCUAUUCCUAUAUGGGCAAUGAGAUCUCCUACCCUCUCAAGCCCUUCCUGGUGGAGAGCUGUAAAGAGGCAUUUUGGGAUCGUUGCCUCUCCAUCAUCAACCUCAUGAGUCCCAAAAUGUUGCAGGUCAACGCUGACCCACACUAUUUCACUCAGGUCUUUGCUGACCUGAAGAAUGAGAGCAGCCAAGAAGAGAAGAACAGGCUGCUCAUUGGCCUGGAUCGGUGAGCCAAGCUCCUGGUCAUUCUCACGAAAGGGAACUGUCCGUUUGCCUUGUUUUAUGUUCUUUUCGUUUUCCAAACAAGCCAGGACACAUAGGUGAGACUGGACAGGCCUGAAAGAAAUCAGCCACCCACCGCUGGUCUCCACCAUUAUUAGCUUGGCUUCUAUGAAUCAAAACUGACAAGAGAUGAAAUGGGUCUGCCUGUUUUCUGUUUUGCUGCAUGUGAUGGAUAUGGCUUCCUUUCCACAGAUUGUAAACCAGGAGAGGGCAAAAUGGAGUGGAGAAGCAAGCACCACAGUACAAGAUCAUGGCGUCCUUUCACCUUUUGCUUUGGCUUGUGAAUUGGGGUGAACUAGCUUGUAGGAUUUAAUUCUUCACAGUGGAAGGCAGUGGAGGAGAAUAGCAUUUGCAGUUCUUAAGAAGAAAGAGACCAGAUCUAGUGGAUGUUCUAGCACCUGGUAUUCCAGAAAAGGGAUCCCAGAAUGGGAUGUUAAAAAUAAUAAUUUAGAUGUUCUUACUUUGCACACCAAUUUGAGCAAAAUGACACCAACACAGUACUGACCUCCAAAAUGGACUCUUACUCCAUGACAGUGCGAUUAUAUUGAGAAACAGAAAUGGGUAAGGAAAAGUCAGAAAUAUACAGGAAACACACAUGAUUUUGUGUAUGCUAUCACCUCUUGCACCCAUUUCAUUGGGGGCCUAUGACCUAGGCUCCAUAGGGUUCUCUCUAAACAUCAGUGUCAAAGGGUGAAGGUGAGAUUUGAGAGUCCUUUCCUGCUAAGGCAGAAAUAAACCAUAGGAGUUAAUAUGGACUGGGAGGUGAGAUUCAAGAUAGCCUCAGGGGACAGAUACUAGUCAGCUGGUAUCGAUUUGCUGGCAAGCGAUAUAUGUUGGUAUUUGACUGGUCAGAAAUGGUUAAUUCUUUGGGGGCAAUAUUUGCAUAAUAUAACUUUGCUGUUUCAGACAGGCUGAGUUUGAGUCCCUUGAGAUUUUUCUGAGCAGCUGCAAUAAAGUUCCCUAAUUCAAUUAUUUACUGAAAAAUGUUAGGAUCAUGUUAUCUAUCACAUGUAGGAUUUGGUAUUGAAUUUCAGUGUAGAAAUGCUUUUCUCCUAAGGGGCUCCUUGCAUCCCCAACCAGGAGGGUAAAGUUCAUGUGCAUUCAGCCAACCAACACCCUUCAUACUUUAUGAAAACACAGUAACAACCACAAAGAAACAAAAACAAAAAGAGAAUAAGCAGAACAAGAGAAUCCACUGAAUGAUAAUAAAGGAACUCCAUUCUAUUAUAUUGUUGAGGACUGUGACUAGUGAUAAGUUGUAAUCUAAACCUGCAGCAGAUACAAAAUGUUCACAUAUUUUGUAUAUUUUGUAGAGUAAUAUUGCAGAUGGUUCUUUUUUGGCCACAGAUCUUUUCCCAUGCUUGGAGACUUUCUCUUCCACCUUAUAGACCUACAGUUACACACCAACAUCUAAGAAUUUAAAUAUUUUUUUCCCCACACUGGACAUCUAAAUAUUUGAUUAAUAUUAGAUUUUGAUGCUUAGAUAUUUAUUUUGUUUAGUUUUCCAGUUCCUAAACAGUAAAGGUUAAAAUAUUCUGAUCUUCAGGGAUAGUCAAAAGUGUAUAUAAAAAGGGGUAGUGGGGAGACUGAAUUUUCCUCAGUUAGUGAUAAUAUGUAUUAAAUGACAAUAGUCCAGGUCUAGGGUUCUGUGGAAGAUGUGAACUUUUGGCAUGGAGGCCAUCUCCUGCACUGUUUUAAGUUCUCACAAGCUGGACAGUUAGAUAGUAUAAAGGCAAUAAUGCUCUGAGGUGAAGAAGGCUGUGGACAAAAGGAUAAGUUAGAAAUAUUCUAGAAAGCUCUUCUAAUGCUGCUGCUGAGGAUGCUGGCAUUCUAGCAGAAAGGCAGAGGGAGGGCUAUAUUGUACCUUAUGUCUUUAAAUAGAGUAGCUUGCAAUUAAUUAAAAAAAACAGCAAAGCACUAUUAAAAAUGCAGAGGAACAUAAAAAGCUGUGAAAACUGAAAAGGUCGAAGCUGAGAGGCUGCGGCAGAUUGGAACUAAAGACUUAUGUUGUGAUGAUUAAACAGCUGCUGGGUUUGUUCAGCAGGUCUUGCCGCCGCCUCCAAAGCUAGGCCAAAAUCUGAGCCAUUAAGAAGCGAGACACUGACUGUUAAGCAUGCUGUUGAGUUCGUAAAAGAAAACUGAGCCUUAGCAUCAUAGGAGAGGAAGGGAGGGCUCCUCUACAGUUCUCCACGGUGGAUGGGGAAGGGAGGCAAGGCAUUCUCCGGUGCAUGACCACUGGUUUCUUUGAAAUGGGUGGCACGUGAUAUCAUUUCAGUCUCCCUUGGAGACCCCAGCAUUGGGGCUGACUUCUGAAACUCUUUAGCGGCUCAGACUAAAUUCUGGUACGUAUCUGAAGAAAUUCUGGUUGUUCGAAAGACAGUAAAUCUUUUUGCCCUUCCUCUCCUUUUUGAAAAAGACAUAUAUGUUAAAGGAAAAUCACAGUUCUACUCAUAUGAGUAUGAAAUCUUAAAGCGGCAAUCCUAUGCAUGUUUACAUAGAAAUAAGUUGUAUUUGAUGAAUCAGGCUUAUUUCUGAGUAGGCAUGCUUUAGAUUGCACUGCAUGGGAAACAAAUGUGAUUUGGUGGUAUAAUUGCUGUACAAAACUGUCUUGGCCUGAUCCUAUGUAUUUACUGUUUUAUAAUAGGGGGGAAAGAUCGGCUGACAUACUUGAUAUAGAAGAGCAAUGAGUGAGACUGUAAUAUGCUGCUGUAUGAAAUGAAUCCUUUUAGAACAAAAUCUAUGCUUAUGGCAAGAAGAAAAAGAAAACCUAACCCUUUUCUGUUAUUCCAUUAUUGCUUUACAGUAAUACUGUGCAUGCCAAAAGCAGAAUUGUGACUUUUGACAACAGGCAAAACUUUAGAACAGUUGAUUGUAAAAAGAAAAAAAAACAGCAACACAAUAACUCACCAUGCACAAAUUUCAAGCAGAUCUCCUCCUGCUGACUUUCAUCCACACCCUCAUUUCUUCAAGUCAAUGUAUUUCAUCUCAAGACUUCUAGAUAUUUUCUGAUAUUAACUGUACACAGUUCUUAAUGUUUAGCUCUGUUCUAAACUAUUUUUUCUCAAAGGAAGAAAACACAAAGAAAAAAGUGUGCCAUUUUUUCACUUGAACAUUCUUCAAAACUACAUUUUGGAAGUGGGAGAAAAGAAAAGAGGAUCUGCUAAAUUCUGUGUCUAUGUAUGUUAAAGUUUUUGAAUUUUUUUUUUAGUGUGCAAUCCCUUCUGUAGAUAUCUGUUGACCAAAAUUGGUAUUAUUGCUUAUUAUUACUUAAUUUAUAAAUGGUCUCUUUUGUAUGUAUGUGUACUAUAGUGUGUUUGUAAGUAUGUGAGGUUUAUAAAUAUGACAAGACUGUCACAGAGCUGUGUGUGCCUGUAACUUAAUGCCCCCUAUUUUUAUUUAUUUUUGUACUGUGCUGAUUAAAAAUAAAAUGC